UUCCCAUCAGAGAGGUUGAAUGUCUGCAGGACAUGCUCAUCUUUUGUCUAUCCGUGUUCUUUUAUUAAACAUCAUCUAGAACUUUCACAUAGAUGCAGAGCUCAUCUGUCAGUUUCACACUUAAGGUUUUAUGACAAAAACCACUGGUUAGAAAUCAACGGGACAGAUGAUUUCAGACUUGUGAAGAAGGGCUGCUCUUCACGCAAACUCUGUAGGUUAUAGAAGCAUUUAUGCUUUUUUUUUUUUGUGUCCAUCCACAAAAUUCAAAGGGAACACAUCCAGAAGCUAUUUUUUGGUUCUUUUGGAGGUUCUUUUCCCUCUCACACUCAUAUCCCUCCAUUUUUCGGCAUCGCCUCUGAGUUAUCGCAGCCAUGUGGGAGUUCCGGUCCAUGUCUUUUUGGCGGGCUGUGUUUGCCGAGUUCUAUGGCACCAUGUUCUUUGUGUUUUUUGGGCUGGGAUCAGCUCUGCGUUGGACCACUGGACCACACAACGUGCUCCAAGUUGCCUUCUGCUUCGGUCUGGCAGCUGCCACACUUAUCCAGUCCAUCGGCCACAUCAGCGGUGGCCACAUCAACCCGGCUGUCACGUUCGCCUACCUGAUUAGCUCCCAGAUGUCACUGUUUCGUGCUUUCUUCUACAUCUGUGCUCAGUGUUUUGGAGCGCUAGCUGGAGCUGGUGUGCUGUAUGGGGUCACGCCAACCAAUUUGAGAGGCAAUCUUGGCCUGAACACGCUUCAGCCAGGCAUCAGUCUGGGAAUGGCCACCACCAUAGAGAUAUUUGUGACUCUGCAACUCGUGGUCGUGGUCUUCGCUGUGACAGAUGAGAGGCGAAAUGGACGACUGGGGUCUGCUGCCCUGUCCAUUGGCUUCUCAGUGCUUGUGGGCCACCUGCUGGGGAUGUAUUACACUGGAGCUGGAAUGAACCCUGCCAGGUCUUUUGCCCCUGCUGUGCUUUUUAGGAACUUUAUUAACCAUUGGGUGUACUGGGUGGGCCCUAUGAUCGGCGGUGCUAUGGGCGCUCUGCUCUAUGACUUCAUGCUCUUUCCCCGGAUGCUUGGCCUGUCCGAGCGAUUGGCUGUGCUCAAGGGCAACCGACCUCCUGAGGCCGAAGCCCAGCAGGAGACCCGAGGGGAGCCGAUUGAGCUCAAAACACAAGCCUUAUAAACACGGCCAGGAAACUUUGGAUCCCUGACGCGACACAUACGUACGAUCCUCACACAUCUCUAACAUACCAACCAAGUUUGCUGUAGGGAGAAUCACACACACUUCUAAAGGCAAUCGAGACACUAUAACCCCUACCCAAGGACUAUGAAUAAGGGUAAGAAGAGGACUUCCUGUUGAGGACUCUGUACUGCCAGGUAUAGGGAGUGAGAUCAGGUGGCUAACGCCGCUCAGGGGCACCUCUGUUGUUUCUAGUCUACUAAGAGUGAACUACACUAGAAGUGGACUUCUGCAUGCUUUCCAGUUUUACAGGGUUUAAAUCUCACACAUUCAUUUCAGUUUAUUUUUUCUUUGAUU